GAAGGCCAAGAUUAAGGGAAGCAUCGGAGUUCGAAAGUUUCUUAGAUAAUAAAUGAAAGAAGAAGAGAAAAAGAGGGGAAACAUUGGGUUGUCAUGGGAUCUUGGUGGGAGUCGAUACGAAGACAGUGCAGAUGAUCUUCAUGACUCUUCUUCUCAUGGUGGGAUCUUUCUACACGGGCACCCUCUUAGGUAACAACAACGUUGCCUACGUCCGUCAAGAUCUGUCUCCUACCUCCAACUCCUCAUCAGGUCAUUCAAAGUUUACAAACAAAGUUGCUCUUACAUCUAGGAGAACACCAAUUUCAAUACCUGAAACUGGGAUGAAUGUAUGCCCCUUGACUUAUAAUGAGUACAUCCCUUGACAUGAUCCUUCUUAUGUAAAAGAAUUGCUCCUGAGUCUAGAUCUUAAUAGAAGAGAAGAACUUGACAGGCACUGCCCCCCACCUGAAAGGCGAUUGUUUUGCUUGGUGCCCCCUCCAGAAGAUUAUAAAAUACCAAUAAGAUGGUCGACUAGUAGGGACUAUGUAUGGCGCAGUAAUGUGAAUCAUACACGUCUGGCUAAAGUAAAAGGAGGACAAAACUGGGUGCAUGAAAAGGAUAAAUUGUGGUGGUUCCCUGGUGGUGGUACUCAUUUCAAGCAUGGGGCUGCAGAGUAUAUCCAAAGAUGGUGUGUUGCUCAAAGAAGUGGAUCGCCUUUUGCGACCUAAAGGAUUUUUUGUGUAUUCAGCUCCACCUGCUUACCGAAAAGAUAAAAAUUUUCCACUGAUAUGGGACAAAUUGGUGAAUCAGACUUUGGCAAUGUGCUAGAAACUCAUGGCUCGUCAGGUGCAGACAGCAAUCUGGAUUAAACAGGGAAACCAUUCAUGCCAACUCCAGAAUGCUGAGCAGAAACUAUUGAAUUUAUGUGAUGCUGUGGAUGAUUCUAAGCCAUCAUGGAAGAUACCACUAAAAAACUGUAUUAAGCUUAACAGUGGGGAUGCAGAUAUUCAGAAACUCCCCCCUAAACCACAGCGUCUUUUGGUUUAUACAGAGAGUCUGAACAACAUAGGCAUCAGUCAAGAAAAAUUCAUUUUAGAUACUAAUUUCUGGAAAGAUCAGGUUCACCAUUAUUGGAGGCUGAUGAAUAUCAGUAACACACAGAUCAGAAAUGUCAUGGACAUGAAUGCUUAUUGGGGUGGAUUUGCUGUGGCUUUGAAUAUGUUUCCGGUUUGGAUGAUGAAUGUAGUUCCUAUAUGUAUGAAUAAUACCUUGUCUGCUAUAUACAGCCGAGGCUUGAUAGGUGCUUUUCAUGAUUGGUGUGAGCCCUUCUCAGCAUAUCCACGCACAUAUGACUUGAUACAUGCCGACCAUCUGCUCUCUCACUACAAGGACAAAAGGGAAGGUUGUUUACUAGAAGAUAUAAUGCUGGAGAUGGACUGUGUACUUCGUCCUCAGGGAUUUAUUAUAAUCCGAGAUGAUGCGUCUAUUUUCUCAAGGAUCAAAGGCCUUGCUCCAAAAUUUCUUUGGGAUGUCAAAUCAUAUAUGUUAGAAGAUAAACAAAAGAAAAUGGAAUAUGUACUAAUUUGCAGAAAGAUUUUUUGGGCAAUUGUUUAAGGUAUUCAUUUGUUUAUACGAAAAAUUGUUUUAGUUCCUCCCAGUACCUAGGUUGUAUCAUAGCUACGAGGAAAGUUGGAUAUCUAGCUAA